GUCGAUCACGUCACAUCUGCUCGGCGAAUCGUGAUUAGUCUAAAUUUUCCCUCGUUUUGCUAUUUUGUGAACAGUAGUACCCUUUACUAUCAUGUAUAAGAGCUCCAGCGAUCUUCCAAUACUGUUCUGUGUAGAAGACUACAAGAAAUCAUCCGGCUGUAUUACGUCGUAAAAUAAGCGAAGGCGAAUUCGCCGGUUACUGAAAGUUCUGUUUGCGUCGAAAUCAACCGUAAAAAUCCCACAUACUUUCUUCAUCAACCUAUCAAUAGAACUUCUGAUUUUCUCAGGAAGAAGUACUUGGAGAGUGAUGUUGAUUUUGGGGAGAAUAUUGCCAGGCAAUUUUAUGGUUGGUUGUUUGCGGCGGAGCAGCAGUUCCCCGUUAUAGACUGCGCUGCUUGUUGUGCAUGCAGAGAGGGGCUGAGACCGAGACGGGCUCGAGGAGGACAGGGACAAUCCAUCCACUGCAUGUGCAUGCCGCAUUGCCAUUGUCUUUGACACUACUCCACUCUAGAUUAGACAGAACUGCCGCUACAUCUUGCUUCAUCAUGGUUUCUUUGGGGCGGUUUGCCUCAAGAACAUUAUUUAGAGUGCCCACAAGCAACGUGUAUUGCUCUCACAACCACAGGAGAAGAUUAUGUUUAUCACAUCAGCAUUUUCAAGAACAAAACCUCCCAAGCUUUGGCCUUCUGUUUGAUAUUGAUGGUGUCCUGAAGAGGGGAAAGACAGUACUACCUGAAGCUCAGAAAGCAUUUCGUCUCCUAACGAAUGACAAAGGAAAGAUGAGAGUACCCACUGUGUUCAUCACUAAUGCUGGAAAUUCACUCAGAGAACAAAAAGCCAGUGAACUUACAGAUAUCUUAGAAGUACCAAUCACCCCAGAUCAAGUUGUUAUGUCCCACAGUCCUCUCAGGAUACUGCCUCAGUUUCAUGAUAAGCAUGUCUUGGUGUCUGGUCAAGGGCCUGUUGUGGAAAUAGCUAACAUGUUGGGUUUUAACAAAGUCAUCACUAUUGAAGAGGUACGGGAUCUGUUUCCUCACUUAGACUGUGUGAGUCAUAAACGCAGGAGACCAUCCUCAAGUCCAUCCACAGAGAGAGUAUUACCACCGAUAGAAGCUGUAGUACUAUUUGGUGAACCAGUAAGGUGGGAGACCAACCUACAGCUCAUUCUUGAUGUGUUGAUGACAGACGGUCAGUUGGAACUCAAACCUUUAACAGUACCACGGCCACAUAUUCCAAUCUUAGGCUGUAAUAUGGACCUGCUGUGGAUGGCUGAGGCACAUCUACCAAGGUUGGGACAUGGUUCAUUUCUCCUUUGUCUAGAAGCACUGUACAAGAAAGUAACAGGGCAUGACCUAAGAUACACGGUGUUGACAGGGAAGCCAAGUCAGAUCACAUACCACUAUGCUGAGCAUGUACUCAAGCAACAAGCUAGGACUAUGGGCAUUCAACAAAGUGUGAGGACACUUUAUGCUAUAGGUGACAACCCAAUGACAGACAUCUACGGUGCUAAUCUUUACAACCACUACCUGACAUACAUGAACAUGAGCCGUGUAAAGAAGUCAAUGAGCAUAGGUAGCUCCAUGAACGACCCUGGUGACAAAUACAGACCUUCCCUUGGCGGUACGCCUGGCAGUGAUUUCCAUGACUCCUCGAUUAACCUAGACAAAGACUGGAAUGACAUCAUUGCAGAAGAAGGAGCUGAAAGCAUAGAGUCGAUCCUUGUAUGUACUGGUGUGUACUCUAAAAGAGACAGUGUGGAGAAGAUAGAACGUGAUUCAGACCUUGAUCUAGAUCACGGCCACAGGGACUUUAAACACGAUCCUGAUCUUCUACGUCCUUCCAUUGAAGUCCAAGAUGUAUUAGAGGCAAUAGAAGAGAUAUUCAAGAUUGAAAAAUUUUCUUGACCCUUGUCAGGAUUCAUUUACUAUGUUGUCACUUCACCAAAUAUUUUCUAUUGUUCGACACUUGUGGGCUUUCAGUGUUAGUGGAGGUGUUUUGAUGUACGUGUGUGUGCGCAUUAAGAAUGGAAUACAUACUCCUCUAUAGUAAACCCCAAUGAAGAUGAAGAAUGAUUGAGAGCAUUUUAAUAUUUCAAGUGAGUACAUGCUAAUGUCCUUUUAGGUGAUUCUUUCUUUAUUUUGGUUUAUUGUGGCAUCCUUGCUGUCGUUAGACUUCCUAUAGGAGUUUUACAUAGUUUUGGGCAGCUCAGUUACCUCAACUGUACAAAGACUUUCCCCAAGACCCUGUUCCAUAAAACAUUUGCAAAUUACUAUUUUGACUAUCAUAUAUAUAGUGGUGCUAAAAAGUUGGUGAACUGCACCAGAAAAUGAAAAUAUUUAAAGUGUUCAAGUUCUGCCAUCUUUUAGAUAUCUAAUUGUGAAGUCAGGUGAUAAAAUAUUUCAUUCAAUUAGUUUGUUUCACAAGGCUCGCCGGACAUUGUAGUGUUGUUGUCUUUUCCUGAUGGGGUUCACUAACCUGCUAGCAACACUGUAAAUAUAUAUUCCCUUUUUUUUCAGCAAAUUAAAUUUUAUUUUUGUUAAAAUGGAUUGUUUUCAUUAAACUUUACAAUUUUUAGCUCAUGGAUCAGUUUAUGCCAUGGUAUCCAUCGUCUGUCGUCCGUCCACAAUUUCAAAAUGCUUCUUCUUCGUCAUUUCAAAUCCGAUUUCAAUUCUGUUUGCUAUAUAUGAUAGCACUAGGUGGGGGAUUCAAAACUUCUGCACAGAAUUUUGAAACUCAUUAAAUAUGCUAAUUUAUGCACAUUUUUUAAAAUUCACGUAAAUUGCUUCUUCUUUACUUGUUGACCGAUUUUGAUUUUCUUUCUUCCAUCAGGUAGAGCUUCAUGAGGUUCACCAAACUUCUACACUGAAUUUUGAAAUUAUUUUGAGUAGAAAAUUAUUUACGCUAAUUAACGCGAAAUUUACUCAUAAAUCACAGAAAAUGCCUCUUCUUUAUUUGUUGACUGAUAUUGAUUUUUUUUUCCAUUUAGUAGAGCUGCAUGUGGUUCACCAAACUUGUACACAGAAUUUUGAAAUUUUGUCUAGAAAAUUCUUUAAAUUUAUGUGAAUUUUUUUCAUAAAUCACAAAAAAUGCUUUUUCUACUUCAUUUGUUGAUCAAUUUCAAUUUUGUUUGCUUUAUAUGGUAGCUCUAGGUGGGGAUACAAAAAUUCUACACAGAAUUUUGAAACUCAUUUAAUAUGCUAAUUUAUGCAUAUUUUCAAAACUCACAAUAAAUGCUUAUUUAUUUGUUGACCGAUUUUGCUUUUCUUUUGUUCCAUCUAAGAGCUACAUUAGUUCACCAAGGUUCUACACAGAAUUUAGAAAUUUUGAGUAGAAAAUUAUUUAUGCUAAUUUGUACAAAAUUUAUUCAUAAAUCACAAAAUUGCUUUUUCUACUUCAUUUGUUGAUCAAUUUCAAUUUUGUUUGCUUUAUAUGGUAGCUCUAGGUGGGGAUACAAAAAUUCUACACAGAAUUUUGAAACUCAUUUAAUAUGCUAAUUUAUGCAUAUUUUCAAAACUCACAAUAAAUGCUUAUUUAUUUGUUGACCGAUUUUGCUUUUCUUUUGUUCCAUCUAAGAGCUACAUUAGGUUCACCAAGGUUCUACACAGAAUUUAGACAUUUUGAGUAGAAAAUUAUUUAUGCUAAUUUGUACAAAAUUUAUUCAUAAAUCACAAAAAUUGCUUCUCUGUCAUUUCUUCAUCAGUUUUAAUUCUGUUUCCUCAAUUUAUGUCACCAAUGUAAUUCACUACAGUGUCAACUGGGCUGAAAUUAAAAAUUGUGUUGAAUUUCGUUGCAAGAUGCUGGAUGAGCACCACAUCACUGAUGUGCUAGUUUGGUUUGAAUAAGUGUUUCCUCAAUAUAAGUACAAUUUCAUAAAUGAUAGAACAUAACGAUAAAACAUGUAAUAGAAAGAAAGAACAUAUUUGGUUACAUUCCCUGAUCAAGUGUGGAAUGAUGAGAGCCAUGUAUGAUAUUACAGCCAAGUCUUCAUUUCUUAUGGCUCUUUUGAAAGUUUUGACUUGCAAUGUUUUAUCAAGUCAUCAGCGUUACAUUUAUAACCUGUGUGGUUCCGUCAGACUUUUAAAAAGAAUUUAGAGGGAUGGUAAAUACAUCGUCACACAUGCAGGGUAUCAAUUCUAAUAGUGCACAAACUUCAUGUAGUGAUAUAUUGUAGGGAUUGGACAUAGUCAUGAAAUCUUGUAAGAGAUAAUAGAUCGAUAAAGAGAAAAAGAGAGGUUAAGAGCUAGAAUAUCUUGGAAACAUGCAUUUUAUGCUUAGUUGCCGUUUUCUGCUCAAGGCUUGUUGAUGCCAAAGAAGAGUGGACCUUUCAUGAAAUGAGGGAACAAGUGUAGCACAUAGGAAAAUUGGAUGUGCUGAAGAAAUAGUUUGUAGUUUUGAAAUAUAUUUAUUAUUAAAAACUACUGUACGUUAUAUAUAUGGAUUUAUAUAGAAUAUUAUCAUGGUUGCCAGAUAUUAUUUAAAGAAGUAAAAAUAAUUAGAACUGUAUGCCUGUGAAGAAAAAAACUAGAGGGGUUGAUGCCUAAGACAGGUUUAGAAAUCAUGCUUCCUUGAAAACCCCGUAAUCUUUGAAUGAUAGCUGGUGUGCACAUUAUAGUAUACUGGUGUAUUGUUUUUCCAUGGUUGUUGUGCUGUUGAAGACAUAAUGUAUUGUAAUUCAAAAAUUGUAUAGCUUAUCUUGUUUUUUUAAAGGACAUGAUAAUUUAUCCCCCAUUUGUCUAGCAAAGUCUACUUUGUUUAAUUUGUAUGUUUUCCUCAACCCUGUUAUUUGCAGUUCAUAUUCAGUUCAGUAUUUUGUUAAUGUAAAUCCAUGAUAAUACUACGUGGAUGUUGAGGUAAACAAGGUUAUUCCUUUAUGCCCUUGUGGAGUUAAAUACAUUUUCGACAAACUAAAUAUUGCUUUUUUUGAUACUCCAAUUUGCAUUGCAUAUCUUUUGAAUAAAAUAUCAGUAGUGAGUUAAGGCAGAUAUCAUUAAACCCAUAUUUUAUGAUAGCAAUGUCUGUUAUUCAAAUAUAUUUCAGAUCAGAGAGUAAUAGAUGGAUGAAAUUAUACUGCACAAACUCAUCCAUGUAGUCAUUUGAUUGAACCAACUGCAGUUGCAGAUCCAAACAUAUUAUUUAACUGAAAAAAAGAACACAAACACCUUUUAAUUUUUUUUCUUUUGUUUGGUUUACUUCUUUGAAAGUCAUUGAAUGUGUAAAGCAUUUUAUAUCAUAUUAUGAACAAAUUAUCAUCAAACUUAAAAUAGAUUUCACAUUUUGCCAUCAUGCUUAAAAUUCUCUUGUUCAAUAAGUGCAAUCUUUUAUUGCACUAUAAAAAAAUACUUAUGUUUUUCCUAAAAUGUAUCUUUUCCCUGUUCUAUGUUACAAGAUAAAGUAAAGGGAGUAUUACCUCAGGACAUCUUAUGUAUCAUGGGACUAUUUUAACUUAUUCUUAAGUAUACUCCGUAUAUUGCUGUAAUGUUUUAACCCUCAAGACAAUAUAUUGUCUUGUUCUUAUCAUGAUGCAACCCUGUGCCUGUGUUUUGCUUUUAGAAGCUAACAUGCAAAUAUUUGUAAUAUGCUAACAAGUAUUCUGUACAAACUAGCCUUAUGAAAAGGGUAAACUGCAAAUAAAAUCAUUUUAUUAUAUUGA